CGCCGUCACGGGAGGAAGAGUCGCACGCGUGCUGUGUGGGACAUAAUGGUGGAUAGGUAGGGAACACAGUAUAGCUAGAGAAGAGUUGCUCAUCAACUGUUGACCAAUUCCCAGUGGUUGUCGUGGACAUUUCGACUCUCCUGACUCGUCAGCAGCUCGCUGCCGCUGCCACCUCGGAAUAAACGACGCCCUGGACCACAACAAAAUGCCGAAUAUCAAAAUAUUCAGCGGUAGCUCACAUCCGGACCUGUCUCAGAAAAUAGCUGACCGCCUGGGUCUCGAGCUGGGGAAGGUUGUUACGAAGAAAUUUAGCAACCAAGAAACAUGUGUGGAGAUAGGGGAGAGCGUACGUGGGGAAGAUGUCUACAUCGUGCAGAGUGGCUGUGGGGAGAUCAAUGACAAUUUGAUGGAGCUGCUGAUCAUGAUCAACGCCUGCAAGAUUGCCUCUGCCUCCAGGGUCACGGCUGUCAUCCCCUGCUUCCCCUACGCCCGGCAGGACAAGAAGGACAAGGUGGGGAGCCGCGCUCCUAUCUCUGCCAAGUUGGUGGCCAACAUGUUGUCGGUGUCAGGCGCUGACCAUAUCAUCACUAUGGACUUGCAUGCCUCUCAGAUACAGGGUUUCUUUGAUAUCCCUGUCGAUAACUUGUAUGCAGAGCCAGCUGUGCUGAAAUGGAUCAAGGAGAACAUCCCUGAGUGGAAAAACUGUACUAUUGUCUCACCUGACGCAGGAGGAGCUAAGAGGGUCACUUCAAUAGCAGACAGGUUGAAUGUGGACUUUGCCCUUAUUCACAAGGAGAGGAAAAAGGCAAACGAGGUGGACCGCAUGGUGCUUGUCGGCGAUGUGACGGAUCGGGUCGCCAUUCUAGUGGAUGACAUGGCUGACACAUGUGGCACAAUCUGUCAUGCCGCUGACAAACUCAUUUCUGCAGGUGCCACCAAGGUGUACGCCAUCCUAACCCAUGGCAUCUUCUCUGGCCCAGCCAUCUCGCGCAUCAACAAUGCCUGCUUUGAAGCUGUGGUGGUCACCAAUACAAUCCCUCAGGAGGAGAAGAUGAAGCAUUGUCCCAAAAUACAGGUUAUUGACAUCUCCAUGAUCCUCGCAGAGGCCAUCCGUAGAACUCACAAUGGCGAGUCUGUGUCAUACCUGUUCAGCCACGUCCCCUUGUAACAAAAGGUGUUUACCAUCUCCUGUGUGCUGUUACACCAAAUAAGAGAAGAGGGAAAUCCCCCAUCCAAACACAACCAUUAGCAAAGAUGUUCUGCUAACUAACCGUGAAAAAAAAACAAAAAAGAAGAAUGAACUGUCAUGUCUGUUACUAAUGCUGACCCCACUCACUUGACUCCCUUCCUCCUCGAGCAGUGUCCCGUCAUGUCUGGGCACCAAAGCAAUCGCAAGCUACCAAUUUAGGCCAGCGUAUUUAUUGUACUGGAUAAAUAAGUGUUUAUCCACUGUGAACUUGUCUCCCCUUACAUACCAUGUCGGUACAGAGUUUCUCCUGACCAUUCCACCUCCGCAGGAGUCGUUGAAAUCUGGUGUCAAAGAGCUUAUAUAAAUAUCCCUGGCAGGUUCCAGUGGUCAGGAGAAGCAUCUGCCAUAUGAAGCUGUUACAGUGCUUUUUGUUACAAUGAACGAGUGUAGUAUUUCAUGUUGCUCCUGUGUCCUCUGCUGUUUGAAAGAUUAUUAUAAUUAAUGAAGUGAAUGUGUAUUGAACUAGUUUACAGUGCCACUGAAGCUCCACUCAACCAAGAGUGCCUCAACAGUCUGAAAUGGAAUGACUUCUUCCUCCAGUCUUCUCCUUUCCCGCCCCGCUGUUAUCUAGCUGCGUUUAUUUCCUCGCUGGAUGAAGAACUUUGACGUGUCUUAUCAGGUUGUGAAAGAUGUUCUGGAUUGUUUCUUUCAACUCUUGAGGUGCCCUCCAUUGAGUGGGGUUUGCCCAGUGUCCAGGGUUUACCCUUUGAGGUUCAGAGAUGAAGGUGUUUCUAUAGAGAAGCUGUGGGGUUUUUAGUUUGGGGUCUCUGCAGGCUGGAGCUUCCUUCAGAAAUGUUCACCUGCAAUUUUAUUGUUUUUCAUUUUGCUCUUUUAUUUUGUAUGUCUGGAGGAAGGAUUUGUCAUUUAUGUGCAUAUUCCAAACCUGUGUGUUUACUCAGUAGAGUGAAUGCACUAGUUAUCUGAGGAUGUGUUCUUAAUAAAAUUAAAUAUGCGUAAAAUCUUAAA